AUGCAGAGACUAUUCAGAGGCCAGCUGGGUUGCACAGACAACCGUCCAGAAAUCAUCCAAAGAGCCAUCAAGAACCUGAAGGAGAUGAGCAGUGAUAAAAUCUCUCCUGACAGGAGCAUCAACAUCUUCCACUGUCUGACAGAGAUGAACGACCUCUCAGUACACCAGGAGAUCACAGAGUUCCUGAAGUCAGGGAACAGAUCAGAGAAGGAACUCACUGAGAUCCACUGCUCAGCUCUGGCCCACAUGCUGCAGAUGUCAGAAGAGGUUCUGGAUGAGUUGGACCUGAAGAAGUACAACACAUCAGAGGAGGGACGACUGAGACUGAUUCCAGCUGUGAGGAACUGCAGAAAGGCCAAUUUUACUGGCUUUGGACUCUCAGAGAUCAGCUGUGCUGCUCUGGCCUCAGCUCUGAAGUCAGACCCCUCCCAUCUGAGAGAUCUGGACCUGAGUGAGAACGGUUUGAAGGAUCCAGGAGUGAAGCUGCUGAGUUCUGGACUAAAGAGUCCAAACUGCAGACUGCAGUCUCUCAGACUGAUUGGCUGCAGGUUGUCAAAGAUCAGCUGUGCUGCUCUGGUCUCAGCUCUGAAGUCCAACCCCUCCCAUAUGAGGGAUCUGGACCUGAGUUACAACGAUCUGCAGGAUUCAGGAGUGGAGCUGCUGAGAGAUCUUCUGGAGAGUCCAGACUGCAGACUGGAGACUCUCAGUCUGAGGAAAUGCUGGUUGUCAGAGAUCAGCUGUGCUUCUCUGGUCUCAGCUCUGAAGUCCAGCCCCUCCCAUUUGAGAGAUCUGGACCUGGGUGACAACCAUCUGAAGGGUUCAGGAGUGAAGCUCCUGAGUGAUCUUCUGGAGAGUCCAGACUGCAGACUGGAGACUCUCAGACUGAGGGGCUGCUGGUUGUCAGAGAUCAGUUGUGCUGCUCUGGUCUCAGCUCUGAAGUCCAACCCCUCCCAUCUGAGAGAUCUGGACCUGAGUGACAACAAUCUGCAGGAUUCAGGAGUGAAGCUGCUGAGAGAUCUUCUGGAGAGUCCAGAUUGCAGACUGCAGACUCUCAGUCUGAGGGGUUGCAAGUUGUCAGGUAUCAGCUGUUCUGCUCUGGCCUCAGCUCUGACGUCCAACCCCUCCCAUCUGAGAGAUCUGGACCUGAGUCAGAACUACAUGCAGGGUUCAGGAGUGAAGCUGCUGAGAUAUCUUCUGGAGAGUCCAGACUGCAGACUGGAGACUCUCAGGAUCAAUGACCAGACGAUCAGAGCCAAGAAACAGAAGAGAUGAGACUCCGAUGUCAAACAGGAAGUGAAAACAGGAUGAACUGACGGUAUAUUCUGAUUAAAGAACAAACAAACAAUCAAGAUAGAUUUGAUAAUCGGAAAUCUUCCAAAGUUUAAUUUACCUUAAAAAAUGUACUUAUAAUAUCAGAUUCAGGAUCCGGUUUAUUGCCCGUUUUUACACAUGCAAGGAAUUUGUUUUGGUGUGUUGUUGCAUAGAGGAGAAACAUAAAUAUAAAAUACAAAAAUCAUAUUUUCUAAAGAAAUAGAUGUCUUUAUAUACCAGCGCUGUGAUUGGCUGGUCUCACUGUGCUGUGAUUGGCUGGUUCUUUUGAAUAUUACUUUAUUUAUACAACAUGUUUUCUGACAUGUAAUGUUUAAAUAUGCUCAUGAGGUGUUAUGUAAUGCUAACCUUUAGUGGAUUCAGGGAGAAAUCUACUAGACAGAAUUAUUCAAAUGUUUCUUGAGGAGACUUCAGAUAUUUUUCCUUCAUAUAGAAAAUGAUUUUGAUUAUGUUUUUAGGUUUCUCUCCAUCUUGUCAUUGUAAUAAACAGUGAUUGUCUGCGUGGGAACUGUAUUAGCUGUAUGGGUGUAUUUGACCUUGAACGACCCUGUGACCCUAAAAUAACCUCCUGACCCCUGACUCUUCGUCCGUUACAUCGUACAUCAUCAGUUUGAAUUAAUGGGGAAACCACCAACACACAUCAGACUCUUCCAGAGGCGCCAGUGAUCACAGUUUGAUUAAUAAAUGGAUGUGGACAUGAACAUUAAAACAAUAUUUUAGUGAUUAUAAUUGUGUAUAAAGCCUACUGUGUAGGAUUAAAGUGGAUUUGGACGAAACUAC